AUGUCGAACACCUCUUCAUCAUAUGGUUCCUCGCGUGGGAUAGACUAUAGGCCGUCUACCCCCGACCGGACCAGACCUACGCUUUCUCGAUCAAACUCCCUCGCGCCGAAAUCAGAAUACCUACGGCAUGCGCUGCAAGCACGGAGGGCACAGGGUACGCCUACUCCUUCACCUCAGGAUAUCAAAGUGCCCCCACCACCAGCGCAGAAGGUUCCAGAGAUAUGUACACCCAAGACUUCGCCUGAUAUCUUCGAUCAAUUCGCCCUUACGGAAGAACAAACGACCCCCGUUUCGCCCAUCCGACGACGACGGCCUAGCAAUGCUGGUCCACCGCAGUCAAGGACGAGUCGAGAACUCACAGACGAGAUCGACAAGCUGAAACAGACGCUCAUGACUGCCAACAUGCGAGUGGAAUUGCUGCACAAGGACAACCGGGUGCUGCAGCAAAAUUUGACGGCCGCCAAAGAACAAGUCGAACGACUUGAACCACUAGAGGACCAGAACUACGAGCUGAAUGCGGAGAACAGGCAACUCCGGCUCAAAAUGGAAAAGAUGGACGAAGAGAUAUCGAAGCUGCGAGAAAUCAAUGAGGAGCAUCGGAAGACCAACAUCGAGCUCACCACUAUAGCAAGUGAGAGCGCGGCACACUGGACAGAUCACGAGCUCGCCAUCGAAGAAGCUGCCGAGCACAUCAUCAAGAUGGAGGAAGAGAAGGAGUUGCUUUCGGAAGAACUCAAGCAAAUCAAACAGCGAGUCAUGGCUAUAGAAAGCCAUUCCCCCGCUAGCACGCUCGUCAACAGCCCUGGCAAGUUCCCACUUCGUGUCUUCAGUGUGGACGAGUCUCGGCCGUCUACAUCGCACUUCGACUCGGAUUACUACAGCCAGCCUGAAUCGCCGCAAGCCAAGCACAGCAGCGCGUCGAUUAUGUCGUUUACGCCGUCAGAACGGUCGAAGAAGUUCCUUGAUCUCAAGGAAGAGCGACGACGGUCUGCUCGUGAUUUGAGUGAGCGCAUGUCUGCAGUAUCCCUGAAGGCACUACGCGAUGCGUCUCUUUCUCCGACGCCAGAAGAAGUUCCCGCAGUUCCUACGACCCACCAGCAACAGGUCCCUUCCAUCGUAGCAGAUGAUAGCGAGGUAGAUCCACGGAAAGCCAAGGACCAAUGGUGGCGCAGUCUCGAUCGUUUGACUCACUCUCAAGUCAUGGCUCAGGAGAUUCAAGCCCAGGGGAUCCAGACAUCGCAGCGUUUUGACGCCGGGUCAAAUCCUCCUGCUGUUGCGCCUCCUAACAGCGCGCUCGCGCCGAAGCGCACGAGGAGUAGUAGUACAACGGGUCAGCAUCGAAGCCGUAGACCUACGCCUACGCCUUCGAGUGCGCUGAACAGUCAUCCUGUGUCUGCGGAGAAGGACUUUUUGUUUAAUGCAAAGGAGAGUACGGAGGAUUUUAUGAGUAAGAUGAGGGGUGGGAAGGGGUCGAGGGAUUCGGUCUUCUCUCUGCGUUAG